AUGGACUCUCCAGAUUAUGGAGUUGCAGCAAUGAGGAGAGGAAGCUAUGAUGAUGCUGGAGCCUCUCUACAUCCUCACCUCAGACACUUGGCUCAGAGACGACGCUCGGCCCCGUCCCUGGUCUUUGGGAAGGCGUUGGGGAUGCCAUGGCCUCCUAUCAGGGAGGAGUCUUCCUGCUGGGUCUCAGUGGAGCAGAGUCCAUUCGUCCUCGGACUCACCAGUGAGAAUGGAGAGCUGCUGCUGGACGAGUGUGUUCAGGUGACCGAGGGCUCCAAGAGCAAUGAGAGACACCUGUUCCUCUUCAGCGAUGUCAUCGUCUUCGCCAAACUCAAGUCGACCGCCAGCUACCGACUGAAGCACAGAGUGAGCCUCGAGGACGUCUGGAUCUACGGUUUUGAAGAUGAACUGGAGGAAGAGGAAGGAUGCACGGGGGAUAUUAACCUCAGGGUGACCCUCGUCCUGGCCUGGGACCUCACUUUUUGUUUGGUGUGUUUUUGCUCGCCUGAGGUGAAAGAACGCUGGUUAGAUACUCUUCACAGAAAAAUUAAAGACGCAAAAGCGAGAGCUGGUUGUGCUUGUUCCCCUCCAGACGUCCUCAUGAGGGUUUUGAGUGGCAGCAUCGCAACUAAAACUCUAACAGGAGGUGUCAUGGAGCAUUUCAUUGAGUUUCCACUUGACGGCGAUGCAAAGAUCUCUGCAGUGUCAAAGCAGUUGGCUAACCAGGAGGACAAGCCUCCCAUUGAUAUCAAGUGGAACCUGGUGAGGAAGCUCAGGAGCAAAUCAUGCCGAUCAGCAACCGACACCAAGAUUCAGCUGUUUGGACAGCCCCUCCUCAAGAUAUGCCCAGACGAACGCUCACUUCCUAAACCAGUCACAGAGGUGCUGGUGUUGCUGAGGAAGAGAGGGCCGUCUACAGAGGGAGUGUUUCGUAAACCUUGCAACAGCAAGAACAUGCGGCACAUCAGAGAGCAGCUCAACAGCGGCCUGGAGGUGGACCUCAAGGGCGAGCCGGUCGUCCUGCUCGUCGGGCUGCUCAAAAGUUUUCUGAAGGAACUUCCUGGCAGCCUGCUGGUGUCUGACCUUUAUGACAAGUGGAUGACGGCUCUGAACAAUGAAGACACCCAGCAGAGAGCUCCGGAAAUCAGAAAAGUGGUAGACGACCUCCCGCCGCUCAACAAACUCCUCACGCAGCAUCUAGUCUGCGUCCUCCAUCACAUCCUCGAGAACGCCGACAACAAUAAGAUGGACGCCUACAACCUGGCGGUGUGUAUCGCCCCCACGCUGCUGCAGCUGGACGGCACCCCGCUGGAUGAGCAGAAGGAAAAGAUGAAGAAGGUCACAGAGCUAACUCAGUUCCUGAUUGAACAUUGUGAGAUACUUGGAGAGAAUAUCCCAAAUCUGCUGGAUACUGAUGAAGACUCCCUGACCUCUCAGCAUCAUGACUCUGCGUAUGACAGCAUGGACCCAGAUGGAGAUGGAGAGGCAGGAGGGAGUACCAGCUCCACACAUGGAGAGAGCGGCUCGUCCUCCUCUCUCAGCUUCACAACCUCCUCCUGGCCAGCUGAUGCCAGGUUCAACAUGAAACCAUUAAACCGUCGCUGCUCUGAGCCCAUCCUCCUCCUCUCAGCUGAUCUGGAGAGCCUGUGCAGCCACUCCAGGAGCCACGACGACUGCUCGGUGGAGAGGAGGCACUUUGAGGAGCAGCCACUUAAAAAGCAGAUCUCAGACGACUCCUUCUUGCUCAAGGCACAAGGUGGAGUAAGGCAAGUGUUGUCUUUUCCGAAACUGAGCAGCAGCUCCAACAUGGAUUCACUGCCCUACAUGGCAGGAAACUGCUCAUGCUCUUCCCUUGAGAGCGCUGCCUCUAAUCAGUCGGAAGGCUCCGUUUUCACCAGCUCCCCUGUGACGUCGCCAGCCUGCUCCAGGAGAGCAAAAACCACCAACCAUUCUUUAAUGCCUGCAAAAGCUCAGCUGGACAUUCCAAGACCCAUCCCAGACGAGAAGAAGCGUUCACAGUCCAUGAGAGUGGCCAGUAAAGUCCUAAUGAGGACCAGGAGCUUAGGAGCCUUCAGCAGGAACAGCGUGAAGAAAGACUCUCAGAAGGAAAACUCCUUCCCUUGUGAAACUCUCCAGGAGGACUCUCAGAGUGAAGCAGAUCCACCAGCUGAGCUUCUGCACAAACCGCGCCCUCUGUCCGCCAUUGAAGUGUUCAAGCAGGUGGACAGCAAGCUGCCCUGCAGGCCUCCGUCAUACAAGCAGGCUAUGCGGAACUCGGGUUCUCCUCCACAGUACGGAUCAAUGACUGUACACGACGCCAUAGUGCUGGAGAGAAGGUCCCGUCCAUCCUCUGUAAAUUAUGACUUCCCCCCUACCUGUUCUGUCAAUCAGUACAGAGACUGUUUCGCUCAAGCAGCACAGGACAACGUCGACGGCGUCGAGCUGCGGCAGCCUUUCCGCCAGAGAGCCAUGUCCGAGUCUGUGUCUGCAGGUCGUCGCGAGGCUGUGUCACGGAGAUGCAGCCAGUCUGUGUUUGAGGAAUGUUCUUACACCAAGGAGUCUUAUGUUUGAUUGACUUUGGAACUGUUUCACAGGUCCGAUUCUAGAUAUGCAAAUAUCAUUUGAAUAGAGUUAAAUAUCAGUGGGCAAGUCCGAAGAACCGGUUUUCACCCAUUCAGAGACACUUCAUUCAUGAGAGGGUUUGUCAGGAUGACUUUGUGGCUUAAUAUUGUGAGUGUUUGUCUUCAUAAUAGCAGCUACUUCCUUCCUUUUCACUGUUCUUUGGUUGGUUAGACAGAGGAAAUGUGUUAGAGAACUGCUUGUAUAUGUACACAAAGUCCAAUCUGUACACUGUUUCACUUUGAUUGAACGUCAGCUCUGUGUAGCCUCUGGUUGCACUUUCUCAGUAGUACUAUUUAGAGUACAGCAUUUAAAAGAGAUGUAUUAUGUGAUGGAUAGCCUUAUCACAAUGAAGCUAUGAAAACACAGAUCACUGUGGAUAAAAUAUGCUAUGAGUUUAUAUUUUCUAUGCUUUCUUUGAAGUUGUCGUGGUGAUUUGUACAUUGUCGCUCGUUGAGCACAGGUUUCAUUUUCUUCACGUGUUGUAAAUCCUCUCCACCUUGCAUGGUCCUUUUCUUCCACUACAUUAAAGCACUUUUCUUGUGAUAGACUAUGCUUAUGUUUAAUUGUAUGCUAAAAUGUAAAUAAAAUUAAAUAGAUGUCGAAGGGGUCUUCCAGAGUAUUGCAAUUCCACAGUGUGUGGUUUUAGGUAAAAUGGAAGAAAAAUAACGCAAUAAAAGGAAAUAACAAAGUAAAAAA